ACACCUGUGUUGUACAGCGCAUGUGCGGCUCAGCGCUAUAGCUCGCUUUGGGUGCACCUGCUUCUUUCACAGGUGCCAUGGCGGAGGAGAGGACGAAAUGCGACUUUAACACACCGGACGACGGCGGGGAAGCGGUCUUAAAGGGCGUCGAGAUGAGCACCGAGCAGCCCAUCUUCUCAGCCCUGAGCGGCGGCCAGGCGGAGCGGGACACCACGGUAGGACAGCGGGCAAGCUGCGAGGGGACAAAAGCACCUGGAGCCGCCCCGACUCCCGCCCCCACCCCCGCUAUUUCCGAUACCGAGUCCGGGAUCUUUUCCGGGGAGUGCGAGACGUGUGUGGAGCACGAAUCAGAGCUGGACUGGUUCUGUGGCACCGAGUUAAAGUUGAUCUGCUCCCAUUGCGCGAUUGUAGGACCUUGUCGUGGACACUCAGUGACCCCUCUGGCCGACAGAGUCACCGCAGUCCGGAAUCAACUGGUGGACGCGUGUGAGAAAAUGCAGGUUCAGGCGCGGUGGAUGGAACGGUUCAUGGAGAAGACGCUUCCCAGCAAGGAGCAAAAACUUCAGGUGGCAGCGAGCACGGCAAGAGAGCAGGUUGUGGCUCAGGUCAACGCAGCCCGAGAGGCCCUGGAGGAGGAGGAGCAGCGGCUCCUGGAGGAGGUGCAGCGGGAGGAGGAGCGAGUGGAGCAGUGCCUACUUACCCAGCGGGCUCACUGGAGCCAGGCGCUGGACAGUCUGGCGCAUACACGCUCACUCGUGGUGCACACUCUGACGCACUAUGCGGACCCACAGUUAGUGAUGAGCAUCCAGGAGUUUACUGAAAGUGUGGAGGCGGCUGAGGGUGUGGGCAAGCCGUGCGACACAAAGCAGCUUAACUUCAGGCCAGGCUGCGGUGAAAGCAAGCUACUGAGGGGACUGUGGGCCACCGCCAUGCUGCAGGGACGACGUGCUUAUGGCUCAUCGUCUUUCAAGUUUGACGAGCGCACAGUAAGUCCGCUCCUGUCGCUCUCUGAUGACCACCGCACUUUGACCUUCGUCCAAAUAAAACCCAGCUACGUCCACAAAAAACUCAACCAGUCGCUGCCCUACGACCCGGCACGCUUCGACUCGUGGCCCAACGCUCUGGGCUCACUCGCCAUGUCCUCCGGCACCCACACCUGGGUGCUGGACGUGGGUCAGAGCGCCGCCUUCAAGGUAGGGGUCUGCUACGCCAGCAUGGAGCGCAAAGGUGCCUGGGACAAGGCCCGGCUCGGAUACAACGAGCAGUCGUGGGUGCUGUGCCACUUCGACGGCGAGUACUCGUUCUGUCACCAGGGGAAUAAAGUGCUGCUGGAGGUGAUGAUCAGACCGCGGAAGGUGGGCCUCCUGCUGGACUGGCCCAGUCAGACGCUCUUGUUUUAUUCGCCGGAGUCAAGUGCGGUUUUGUACACAGUCAGGGGUCCGUUUAACGCCCCCUUGCUGCCAGCAGUUGCUGUGACGGACCAGAGCGUCACCAUACUACACUGACAAACCAUCAACUAACAUUUUCUCUGUAGUGAAUUAAGGGCAUUUAACGCUGUUCACUUAAAUCACCUGUUAAUCAUGUUGACAGUUUUUUUAAUCCCUUUUUACACAGAAAAUAUUGUACAAGUAAUUUUGUGUUUGGUAAAUGAAUGAUAUCGGCAUCAGUCAUUAAUCAACGCGGCUUCAAAUAGCAAAUAGUGUAGCACUGAUGUCGAUUUAGACCAGUGGUUCUUAACCUUGUUGGAGGUACCGAACCCCACCAGUUUCAUAUGCGCAUUCACCGAACCCAAACCGUAAUUAUAAAACGAUGUUAUUAUAUUAAAUACUAAUAAAGAUAUGUUUUACAAACAGAAAGUUACAGGAAUGUACACAUGAUCCCAUCUUUACAUCUCAUUGUGCAACAUGUGAAUGUUUUAGUGGGAACUAAAUGCGAUAUCUGAAAGGGGUACACAUUAUUUCCAAAGCAGGAACCCCACCCAGACAUAUAAUACUAGUACACAGCUCAUGAAAAACAAUAUGUUAUAGUCAUUGUAAUUGGGCCAAAACACUUACAUCAGAAAAUAAUCUCAUGGAAAUGACUGCUGUCAUUUGAUUACAAUAAUAAAACAUUAAACUUGUUAUUUAGUCAGGUUUGGGACAGGUGUGCUGCAGGUGUGACCACAGUGCAUGUGCACGUCUGACGUCGCUCAUAUGUGCUUAAGGAGUUUUUGCAUUUGCUCACACAUAUGGAAAAUUAGAGGGAACAUUGUUUGGGGGUGUCCAUAAUACGCCGACAGGGAGAAGUUUUUAUUUACACGAUGAUUCGGGUGUGUCUUGACCUCCGCAGCGGAGGCUCUGCCGAACCCCUGAGGCCGACUCACCGAACCCCUAGGGUUCGAUCAAACCCAGGUUAAGAACCACUGAUUUAGACCAACUAUGGGCAAAAAGUUGUUUAUUCCAAGUAUAAUUAUUCUUAACAGCUUUCGGUUUGUCUCCCUCUAGGGGCCAAAUAAUAGGAUGAUGUUUAGAUUUUUAUACAGCCACUAGGGGGGAGCGUUGCCAUUGGAGUAUGAAUAUUUUGUACUAUUCCUCACAAAUAUUUUCUAAUAAAAAAAUGUAAUGUACACGAUAAACUAUAUGCUUAGGCACAAAACAUUUAGUUGAAUAAAUAUACAUAGUAUACAUCCGAUCAUAAUGAGACUAUUCAGUCUAUGCAAAAAACAAAAACAUCCAUUUUUAGUCCUCGCCACCUCAUGAGUCCAUUAGGAUUUAAAGUUAAAGUCCCAAAGCUUCAUCACACACACACACACACACUAGGUGUGGUGAAAUGUGUCCUCUGCAUUCGACCCAUCCCCUGGAAGGUGAGGGGAGCAGUGGGCAGCAGCGGGGGCCGCACUCUGGAAUAAUUUGGUGAUUUAGCCCCCAAUUCCAACCCUUGAUGCUGAGUGCCAAGCAGGGAGUCAAUGGGUCCCAUUUUUAUAGUCUUUGGUACGAACACACGACCUUCCAGUCUCAGGGCGGACACUCUAACCACAAGGCCACUGAGCAAGUCAUUAUUUACGUGAUUACUGGGUGGGAGGAGGCUCGAUGUUCAGCUCCUGUCUCAGGUCCUCGACGCUCUGCUCCCAUCGCCUCUCAUAGAAGACGCUGAGGACACACCGGGCCCGUCGGCCAUUCUGCACGGCCCAGGGGCCCAAAGAUGUGACCAGCUGCUGCAGGCGACUUGACGCGCAAAAAAGAAACAUGUUAGAAGAGGAUGGAAAGGGGAAACGAUGAUAAAUCAGCCUAAUGUCCCAGCAUACAGCAGGAAGUAGUGCAAAUAAAUAAAUGGUUUUGUCUGUGACUGAGCUUACUUUGGGUUUAGUCGAAGUGGGCCCAGCAGAGCUCCGAGGGCGCACAUGGGGAGCCCAGUCUGAGCGGCUUCAAACCACUUUACAGCCACUUCACCUGAGAAAAUACCACCUCAAUACAUCAAUUGUGCAUUUAAAUUGAGCAAUCU